AGCAAGACGAGUUUGAAGGCGAGGACCGGUGCGAGUUAGGCAGCCCCUGAGGCUCUGCUCGCCCACCGUCCAUCCCUUCCUCUCUUCUCUCCCAGCUUCUCUCUCUGCCCUCAUCUUUCCCCCGGAAACCCCCGAUUUUGCCAAAGGAAGGAGGUAAGGGGAACCCACGCCCCUCCCCCUCCGACAAAAUAAAAUAAAACUUUUCCAGUYGGAGAAAUCAGGAGAACGAGUCGCUCGGCUGGCCAUGGAGCUGCUGUGCUGCGAGGUGGACCCUGUCCGCAGGGCCGUGCCGGACCGCAACCUGCUGGACGACCGCGYCCUGCAGAAUUUGCUCACCAUCGAGGAGCGCUACCUUCCUCAGUGCUCUYACUUCAAGUGCGUGCAGAAGGAUAUCCAGCCAUACAUGCGCAGGAUGGUGGCUACCUGGAUGCUGGAGGUUUGUGAGGAACAGAAGUGUGAAGAGGAAGUCUUCCCUCUGGCCAUGAAUUACCUGGACCGUUUCUUGGCUGGGGUUCCGACUCCGAAGACCCAUCUGCAGCUCCUGGGUGCUGUCUGCAUGUUUCUGGCCUCCAAGCUCAAAGAAACCAUCCCGCUGACCGCGGAAAAGUUGUGCAUUUACACCGACAACUCCAUCAAGCCCCAGGAGCUGCUGGAGUGGGAAUUGGUGGUGUUGGGCAAAUUGAAGUGGAACCUGGCYGCUGUCACCCCUCAUGACUUCAUCGAGCACAUCCUACGCAAGCUGCCCCAGCAGAGGGAGAAGWUGUCUCUGAUCCGCAAACAUGCCCAGACUUUCAUCGCUCUGUGUGCCACCGACUUUAAGUUCGCCAUGUAUCCGCCAUCGAUGAUCGCAACUGGAAGUGUGGGAGCAGCCAUCUGUGGACUCCAGCAGGAUGAGGAAGUGAGCUCUCUGACUUGUGAUGCCCUGACUGAGCUGCUGGCCAAGAUCACCAACACAGAUGUGGAUUGUCUCAAGGCCUGCCAGGAGCAGAUCGAGGCUGUGCUGCUCAACAGCCUGCAACAGGUCCGUCAGGAACAGCGUGAUGGAUCUAAGACG